AUGAUAGAAGAGCUCGAGCAAAUCCUGUUACAGCUGACACAGCCCGACAAUGCCAUUAUACAGCAGGCCACAGUCCAGCUGAAACAGGCUUUCAAAGACCCAGCUAUAAUACCAGCCCUUUGUGCUGUCAUGAGUGGCUCCCAAAACCCUGAGAUUCGCCAGUCAGCCGCGGUGAUGCUGAGGUUAAGAGUGAAGAAACAUUGGAAUAAGAUCAGCCCUAAUGACAGAGAGAGCCUAAAAGCGGUGGUGCUCCAAGCCUUCUCCCUGGAAGCAGAACACAAGGUGCAGCACUCUCUCUCCCAGCUGUGUGCAAUGAUGGUCAAACAUGAAACCCCAGACCGCUGGCCCGCUCUACUGCAGCUCCUUAACCAGUCCACCAAGAGCGCCAAUCCUCACGACAGACGGGUUGGCCUCCUGCUGCUGAAUAAAGUUAUAGAAUCCAAUCCUGAACCUUUCAAACCUCACUACUGCCAGCUGCUGCACCUGUUCAGCACCGUGCUGCAGGACUACAGCAACCCCUCAGCACUCUACUACUGCAUCCUCACCCUCACCGCCAUUACUGCGUACACCGGCACCGAAGAGAUGAAGGAAAUGCGUGCCAUCAUUCCGAGUCUGAUUCUUGCUCUGAAACACCUCAUCAAGGCAGACGAGACCCAAGCCAUUGAAGCCAUGGAGGUGUUAAUUGAGCUCAUGGAAAUUGAAGUGUCCAUCAUUGUCCCCCACAUCGCAGACAUUGUCCGCUUCUGCCUGGAGGUGGGAAGUGACACUACGCUGAGUGACUCUUUGCGAGUGAAAGCGCUCUCCUGCAUCACCUUCCUCAUCAAGCUGAAAAGUAAUUCGGUGUUGAAGCUGAAGCUACUAAAUCCCAUCCUGCAGAGCAUUUUCCCCAUUCUGACUGCAGCGCCCCCGCCUGGCGAGCAAGACCCAGAGGAUGAAGAGGACGACGGUGGCGACCCCAAUGACAGCGACAACCCCAAACACGGCGCGGCUCAGAUGAUUGACACUAUGGCGCUCCAUAUGCCUCCAGACAAACUGUUUCAUCAACUUGUGCCUCUAACUCAGGCCUGUCUUAGCAGUGAGAACCCUUAUCAAAAGAAGGGCGGUCUCAUGUGUCUCGCUGUGCUGGCUGAGGGGUGUGCAGACUACAUACGCUCCAAGAUGCUGUCAUCAGUGCUGCAGACUGUCUGCCAGAGUCUGUCAGACAGCAAUAGGGUGGUGCGCAGCGCCGCCCUUUUUGCUCUCGGACAGUUUUCUGAAUAUUUACAGCCUGAAGUGAGUAAGUACUGUGCAGAGUUGAUGCCUUUGCUGCUGGGAUACCUCACGUCCCUGAACGAAGCCAAGAUCGGCCACGUCACAAAGGCGUUUUAUGCUCUGGAAAACUUCAUGGAGAACCUGGGAUCUGAUAUUGAGCCCUACCUCCCCACCCUGAUGGAGACCAUGUUGUCUGCCCUCAGGAAUGCAGAAGACCUGAAAAUCAAAGAGCUGGCCGUGUCGGCUAUAGGUGCUAUAGCUAAUGCAGCCAAGGAGUUGCUGGUUCCCUAUUUCCCUCCAGUGAUCGAAAGCCUGAAAGGUUUUCUCAUCGCCACCACAGAGGAGAUGAGGCCUCUGCAAAAUCAGUCCCUCGACACUCUAUCUGUACUGGCCCGCAUGAUCGGCAAGGAAGUCUUCAGUCCUCUCGCUGCAGAAUGUAUUCAGCUCGGACUCAACCUCACCGACACCAUCGACGAUCCCGACCUGCGACGAUGCACGUAUGGUCUGUAUUCAGCUGUCUCCACCGUCUCGCCCGAAAGCCUGAUCCCCCACCUCACUGCCAUAACAACUGUGAUGCAACUCGCUCUGAAGUCUAAUGAAGGCAUCACGGCCCACCUCGAUGAAGACAAGACCUUCGUCCUGCUCGACGACGACGACGACGACGAUAACGGCAACAACGCAGGAGGAAAAACCGACGAGGACUUUUUGGAAGACGACUCGGAGGCAGACAUCCACGACGUCGCAGGGUUCAGCGUGGAAAACGCCUACAUUGAUGAGAAGGAGGAUGCCUGUGAAGCCCUGGGAGAGAUCGCCUUAAGCACAGGGGUCGCCUUCCAGCCUUUCCUGGAGUCCAGCUUCCAGCAGGUGUUUGAGAUGAGAGAUUUUCCCCACGAGGACGUCCGCCGGGCAGCACUGGGUGCUCUGGGUCAGUUCUGUCAGGCUCAGCACAAAGUCUGGACUGAGAAUCGCACUGAGACCAACCACCAGGCCCUGAUGAAGUUGAUGGACGUGGUUCUCCCGUGCUUUGUGGAGACGGUGCGGAUGGACCGGGAGCGGCCCGUCGUCAUGGGCGUCCUGGAAGCCAUGAACGCCAUGAUCAAGUCCUGCAAGGAGGAAGUGUUCAGAAACCCUUCACACCUCAAGGAGAUCAGCAACGUCAUCCGAGACGUGCUGAAGAAAAAGACUGCUUGCCAAGACAGUAGCACCGACGAGGUUGAUGAUGAAGAACAACAGGCAGAGUUUGAUGCUAUGCUGCAGGAGUUUGCAGGAGAAGGGAUUCCCCUGGUGACCGCCAGCGUUCCCGCAGAAAAGUUUGCUCCUUACCUUAAUGAUCUAAUGCCUCUCAUCAUGAGCAAAGCUAAAUCGUCCUGCACGGUGGCCGAUCGCUCCUUUUCCUUGGGGACGAUUGGAGAAAUCCUCCACGCUCUGGUGAACGUGUCAGGAGGCCGGGGGGUGGCGGGCCGACUGUCCAAUCGCCUGCUUCCCGUUCUGGUCGCCGGAGUGAAGGACAGCGACGCUGAGGUCCGCAACAACAGCGUGUUCGGGCUGGGAUGCCUGGCUCAAGCUGCCGGACCGCUCGUCGUGUCAGACUAUCCCAUGAUGCUGUCUGUGUUUUCAAACAUGCUGGGCAAGGAGUCCGACCUCCGAGUGAUCGACAACCUGUGUGCUGCCCUCUGCAGGAUGAUCAUGAGCAACGUGGACGCCGUCCCUCUGGAGCAGGUUGUAACUGCUCUGGCGACACAUCUUCCACUUAAAGAAGAUCAGGAGGAGAACCAGACGGUGUUUAACUGCCUGACGAUGCUCUACAAACACAAUCCUGUCCUGGUGGUGAAGUUAAUCAAGCCCAUUGUUGCUGCUUCCAGUCACGUCGUUGGCCACAAGGAUGUUGAUAAAGAAACCCAGAGCACCGUGGUUUCGCUGAUGAAAGAAUUGGCCCACAAGCAUGGUGCAGAGUUCCAAGCAGCGGCGGCCUCCCUCCCCGCAGAGCAGCAAGCCAAACUCGGCGCUGCCGUCACCUCCUCGUAGCCCCAACACGUUCCUCGUCUUCCCUUCAAACAGUAAAACAGUCUGACAGGACAACGAAUGUUGCACUGUAGGAGGGGAAGGGGGACGUUUGUCUGUUUGACAUAAAUAUAGCACUUCAGCCACUCUACUGGUUUUACUGCAUUCAUAAGUUCUUUGUCUAAUUUAUUUGCAUCCCAGUCUCUUGUGUUAAACGUUUCCAAGUUCAUUCGGUAUUUAGAAGUUCUGUUUAACAUUCUCUUUGAGUUCUGGUUUUUGUUGAUCUUGUAAAAUUAUCAUUUUCACUCAAACAGCGACAAAGUUUACAGUUUCCCCCAAGUGGUAUGAGGUAAGGAGUUUAGAUUACUGAUUAAUUUCCUGAUAAGUUCACCAGUUUUUGUUCUGAACUCAUUUAAGUGCCUAUUUUUUUUUCCAUAAUCUUAUGCAAAGUAGAGACUGUUUAACCUAUGAAGUCAAUUUCCACUGCCUCAUACAGAGGUCUCUUUGUAGUUUUACACCAUUAGUGGUCUAAUACCACCUCACAAACUAGAAUUCACUCAAAAAACUCUUACUGUUUUCUGAUUUAGACGGUUAUUAUUGCUCAGUAAGUUAUCCUGUCAGUAUAUGCUGCACAUCUCCCAUCUUAUGAUCACACGUGUUGCAGAAAGUAUAAAACAAAA